UUAUCCUACUCGGCCACAUCGGGAAAGCAACCUGACAGCAUCCCGUAUUGGGCCUCCUCGCCGCCCUCUCAGUUCUUGGUCCCGUACAUCCAAAGUUUGUUCCAGCGUGUCGAUCCAAGCGCUCCAGGGCAGAUUCAUUGGCUCGCCCCAUCCCAACUGCCUCCCUCGUCGUCACUACCAAGCCGGUAGAUUGUGAAAGAUGAGCCACGGAACGAGGUGGAUGCACUACUUGAAGCAACUGAGCUCCGCGAAUGUGCCCGCUGCUUUGAUAGAGAAGGGCCAGAACCGCGUCAUUGACGCUUCCCUCACUCUGAUCCGCGAGAGGGCCAAACUCAAGGGAGAAUUAUUAAGGUCCUUGGGUGGUGUCAAAGCUUCAACAUCGCUCCUAGGGGUUCCAUUAGGGCACAAUUCUUCUUUCCUUCAAGGACCUGCUUUUGCUCCUCCUCGCAUAAGGGAAGCUAUCUGGUGCGGUAGCACCAAUUCUACCACUGAAGAGGGUAAAGAAUUAAAUGAUCCUCGUGUGCUGACUGAUGUUGGUGAUGUUCCUAUCCAAGAGAUACGUGAUUGUGGGGUUGAUGAUGACAGACUAAUGAAUAUUAUAAGUGAUUCAGUUAAGCUAGUGAUGGAAGAAGAUCCACUCCGUCCCCUGGUUUUGGGUGGUGACCACUCCAUAUCAUUUCCAGUUGUUAGAGCUGUAUCAGAAAAGCUGGGUGGGCCUCUAGAUAUUCUUCAUUUAGAUGCCCAUCCAGAUAUAUAUGAUGCUUUUGAGGGAAAUAAAUAUUCACAUGCUUCUUCUUUUGCACGAAUAAUGGAGGGAGGUUAUGCUAGGCGCCUGCUACAGGUAGGAAUUAGAUCAAUCACUCGUGAAGGGCGUGAACAAGGGAAAAGAUUUGGGGUUGAGCAGUACGAGAUGUGCACCUUUUCAAGAGAUCGACAAAUUUUGGAAAAUUUGAAACUAGGGGAAGGCGUCAAGGGUGUGUACAUCUCGGUGGAUGUGGAUUGCCUCGACCCUGCAUUUGCCCCCGGAGUGUCACACAUAGAGCCAGGAGGUCUAUCAUUUCGUGAUGUACUCAACAUUCUCCACAAUCUGCAAGCUGAUGUUGUGGCUGCAGAUGUAGUGGAGUUCAACCCACAGCGUGACACCGUCGAUGGAAUGACGGCAAUGGUGGCUGCAAAGCUGGUAAGAGAGCUUACUGCAAAGAUUUCCAAGUAGCAUAGACAGUGCCUCCUCAUUUCCCACCAUUAAAUAAUAUUUCCAGCGAUCAUGGUCAUGAAUCUGUGCUUGCCCAAAGCUGAGCAGGUAAUUCUUGGAUAUCGAAGUAGUUUAUAUUAACAGCAGCGUAUUGUGCUGUGCAGACUUCUAUUUGUCAUUAGUCUUUAUAUUUCAAGACCUUAAUCUUUUUCUUGUUUUAACCUGCACUAUUCCUUGUUAGCAAAUUUCACAAAGGUCCAUAAAAUGAAGAAUUAUUUGGAAAAGACA